AUUCAUUUAUUUAUUUAUUUACCAACGAGGUAGAACGAUAUUGCUUAACCCAACCUGUUCAAGAGAUGUAGCAGCUUUUGUUUGAAUUUUUGUUGUAUUUCAUUGCAAAUUAACGAUUAAAAACAGGUUGAAUUAUUUAAAUUGAACAAGCCAGAAAGUGUUUGAAUUUGCGAGGCUACUUUCCCAACUUUGGAUUCUCUGGUUCAUGUAGCAUGCUUUCACUUGAGCUUUUCAAGAGCUGAGGAUUUGUAUUGUGUAAACAAAAGUCUUUAUAUUUGAUAUUCACAGAAAAACUUUUCUUCUCUCUUUUUUUUUAUUCAAAUGUCUGAUGACCCUAAAACGAACUACAGUAAAAUUGAAUCACAGAAUGAACUAGGGAUUAAAGUAUCUGAACAAAAGGAUUCAUUCGAUAACGAAAAAGGAAACCCAUCAUCCUCUUUUACCCCGCUGGAAAGCGAAAAAAUUGAUAUCAUCCAACAUACUCUCUCAGAGUUGCCAAAAGAAGGAAUCCUUCUAAUUUAUAAUUAUAUUCAAACUCUCUUAUUCAAGGACUUUACUGAUUUCUUUCCCGAGGAAAUAAUUUUGCGAAUAUUCAGCUAUCUAGGGCAAAAUGAUCUUUGCAGAUGUAAAUUAAUGUCCAGGCGGUGGAAAAGGCUGCUAGAAGACCCUAGCAUAUGGAAGACGUUAUUUGAACGGAAAGGUUGGCAGCUAAACCCCAAGGUGGUACAAGAAUUCGAAGAAUGGAUGCGUAUCAAGGAUCAGUCAUUGUCUGAAGAGACCUUCAUUCGAAUCGAUGAACAUUUCCUAGGUCCACAUGGAACUAUCUUUCACGACCGACAAUACGUGUAUGAUUCGCAGAAUCGUCCUUUGCUCAAUUGGGCUCACAUUUACAAAGAAUGCGCUCGACUUGAAGCGAAUUGGCGUCGCGGCCGAUUUGUUUUAUGUGAAAUGCAAACCCCAACUCGACUAGGGAGGUUCUCUCGCAUUUCAACAGAUAGCGUAUAUUGCGUACAAUACGACGAUGAUUUUGUUGUCAGUGGAUCCAAAGACCGUUUAAUAAGUAUCUGGGAUAUUCACGCAGGUGCCUUACUGUAUUUCCUUCAUGGUCAUUUGGGCAGUGUCUUAUGCUUGCAAUUUGAUCGAGAACGUGAUCUCAUUAUUUCUGGUUCAUCCGACACUUCGAUUUUAAUUUGGAGUUGGGAACGAAGGUGUCCUAUUAAAUCCUUGACUGGACAUACUGACAAUGUGCUAGGUGUCGUUCUCUCUGGAAACUAUAUAAUUUCUUGUUCCCGUGAUCACACAGCGAGGGUAUGGAAGUUGGAUGCUUCAUCCGCGGAAGAGUCCUGCAUACAUGUAUUGAGAGGACAUCUUGCUUCUGUGAAUUCUGUUCAAUACAAUGAGUCAACUGGUAUUAUCGUAACAGCCAGCGGAGAUCGUACUCUAAGGAUGUGGGACGUCCAUAGUGGUCAGUGCUUAAAGAUUAUACAUGCACAUCAGAGAGGUAUUGCUUGUACUCAAUAUAAUGGAAAAUACAUCGUUUCAGGAUCUUCAGAUACCACAGUUCGCAUUUUUGAAGCGAACUCCGGAAAGCUACUUCGUAUACUUCAAGGCCAUGAAGACCUCAUCCGAACCUUAGAAUUUGACAAUGAAAAAGUAGUCUCUGGAGGCUACGAUGGAACUAUACGGGUAUGGAAUUUUGAAACCGGAGAACUAUACUGCGUUCUACAUAACGAUCGAAGAUCUCGAGUAUUUGGACUACAAUGUGAUCAUCGGCGUAUUAUAGCUUGUACUCAUAACAGUGAGAUCCUUGUUUGGAGAUUUGAUUAUGGGAUUGACUGUACCUUUUUCUGAAUCUUCAAAUCAAAGGUUUUUCAUGUGGUUUCUUAAUUUUGGAUUAAUUGUGGUAUUUUUCUUGAUCUUUUUUAUAAAAAUCUCAUGUACAAUAGCUAAUAAAUCUUUAAUGGCAUUACCGUCUUCGGACCUCUCAUCACAACACCAA